AUGAAUGACUUUUCCAGUUUAGAAAAAACUCUUGUCCGUGAACUCUCGUGUCGUUUGUGUCUGUGCACCGAUGUGGUGAAACUGAAACCGCUCAGUGCAGAGGUAAAGAGGAAAAUCAAGAGACUGUUUGAUAUUUUGGUUCGCACUGAUGAUACUUUACCGAAAGCAAUAUGCCACGACUGCUUACAACAGGUAUCGGCGUUACACAUGUAUGCUGUAAAAGUUGAGAAAACACAAAAGUUUUUAGAAUUCCACAAAAUGAAAAUGCGGGAAGAGAGACGGGAAGGCACAGUCGAAAAAAUAAUUCACCCAAUUAUUGAAGCAAUGUCGAUCAAAAAUAUUGCAGAGAUGCAGAAAAAAACGAGCAGUGGGACAAAUCUGAAAUCUCCAAUUAGUGACCUACAACAAGGAGACGUGAAAAAUACGAAAUUCAAAACGCCAAAAAAGAAAUCACCGUCUGUCUUGAAGUUUAUGGAGUCAAUGACUUUAGAGGAAUUUGCUAAUAGUGAGAAACUGGACAAAAAUAUGCUAACCUCAGCAGGUAUUAAAUUAACCGGCCCUCAAAAGAGGGAAGCACAAAAAGAACAACCGAAAGUAGAUCCAGACUUGAAUACGGAUACCCUUGAUCCUUUGGUGUUGCUGGAGGGCAGACCAGCCAAGCAAGGAGCUGCCCUGGACCGUCAAAUAACACUGUUUUACAAAAUGGAAUGCUGCAUCUGCCAUGAGAAAGGCUUCCACUUCAGAUCGCUUAUGAAACAUUACAAAGAUAGACACGGCGUUCCAGGCUAUGUGACUUGUUGUGACAAAAAGUUUCAUUAUUUCUACCCGAAGAAAAUCAUUGAACACAUGGCGUUUCACUUACAACCAAAUAUAUUCAUGUGUCAAAGUUGCCACCAAAACUUCCAAACUUCUCAAGAGUUGUACGAACAUCAAAGCAACGGCGGUCGUUCAGAAGGCAAGAUCCUGUGUCCUCGAUGUUCGGAACGGUACCCGACUUAUCACGAGUUGGGGUGGCAUAUCAUAACCCACCGCACUGAUAAACUUCAAUGCGACUACUGUGGGAAACAAUUAAAACAUCAUCACCGCAAAAAAACCGUUAAUCACAUGGAAGAUGUAAUUCUGUGUUCGCAAUGUAUUAAGCAUCUUAAAGCGAUAGAAAAGUCAGAAAAAGAAAUUAAAGAGAAAUUAAAAGCUAAGACCAACGAGAAUAUUAUGAUCCAAAAACAUCAUCAGAAAUUCAAACAAGCCAUGGGACUUUCGGGCGACGAAGACGGAUCUACAAACUGA